AACCUGAAAGAAAUAUAGAAAAGAGAGUGAAAACUUUAGCUGGUGUUUCAGAUUUAUAUUUUUGGCAAUGGCCAAUUAGUGGAGAGUAUAGUAGCUUCAUAUGUGGUCAUGCAUUACCUAAUGUAGAAGAUUGGGUAAACUUUUCACUGGCACAAAUAAAUGGUUUGGUUAAACAAAAAAUUAACAAGCCAGAAAAAAAUGUUGAAAGAUUUGAAAGAUCCAAAUCUAACAAUGACACUGACAAUGAUAAUUUAAUUAUGUGCAGUGUUGAAAAUGAAUUUCCACUUAAAUCAGGUCAAAGGUUUAUACCAGGGGAUAUGCAUAAAGAACUUAUUGAAGAAUCUGUUUAUAAUGCCCAAUUUUCUCAUGAUGAAAUUCCUAAGGUAGAAACUAUACAUAAUUGGGUUUCUAGAUACUCAGCAGAAAUGAAAAAAGAUGUAGCUGAUAAAAU